GGCGGCGGCGCAGCGUCCCCUGCCCCGAAUGAAAGGGAAGGUCCCGGCGAGCGAGCGGCCGUGAGCGACCGGCGGUGACGGGGGGUAGGGGUGUCCCCGAGCUGCUCCUCUCCCCGGCGCCGCGCCCGCCCGCACGGCAUUGAGAGGAUUCAGGUGGCAUUCUAAGGUCACUUAAAAUCAUGACAAGCUCAGUUGGACAGAAAAAAGUCUCUUCAAGACAAAGGAAGUGUGGUUUUUGUAGAUCUAAUAAAGAUAAUGAAUGUGGACAAUUAUUGAUGUCAGAAAACCAGAAGGUGGCAGCACAUCACAAGUGUAUGCUGUUUUCAUCUGCACUGGUAUCUUCACAUACUGAUAAUGAGAGUCUUGGUGGAUUCUCUAUUGAAGAUAUUCAGAAAGAAAUAAAAAGAGGCACUAAACUGAUGUGCUCCCUGUGCCAUUGUCCCGGAGCAACCAUUGGCUGUGAUGUGAAAACAUGUCACAAGACAUAUCACUACUACUGUGCUUUGCAUGAUAAAGCUCAGAUAAGAGAGAAACCUUCACAAGGCAUUUACAUGAUUUUAUGUCGAAAACACAAGAAAACUACGCAUAACUCUGAAGCAGAUUUAGAAGAAAGUAUCAAUGAACAUGAGUUGGAGCCUUCACCUCCCAAAGGAAAAAGGAGGGGUCGUAAGGGAAAGCCAAGAAAAACAAAUUUGAAAGGGCAAACAGAAGACACUAGAUCCACGUCUUCACAUGGCACAGACGAAAUAGAAAGCAGUUCCUAUAGAGACAGGUCUCCCCACAGAAGCAGCCCCAGUGAUACAAAACCUAAAUGUGGAUUCUGUCAUGCAGGUGAAGAAGAAAAUGAAGCUAGAGGAAAGCUUCAUAUAUUUAAUGCCAAAAAGGCUGCAGCACACUAUAAGUGCAUGUUGUUCUCUUCUGGCACUGUCCAGCUAACAACGACGUCAAGGGCAGAGUUUGGUGAUUUUGAUAUUAAAACUGUACUUCAAGAAAUCAAGAGAGGAAAAAGAAUGAAAUGCACACUUUGCAGCCAGCCUGGUGCUACUAUUGGGUGUGAAAUUAAAGCCUGCAUCAAAACAUACCAUUACCACUGUGGAGUAGAAGACAAAGCUAAAUACAUUGAGAACAUGUCACGAGGAAUUUAUAAACUCUAUUGUAAAAACCAUAGUGGAAAUGAUGAAAGAGAUGAAGAGGAUGAAGAAAGAGAAAGCAAAAGCCGUGGAAAAUCAGGCUCUGACCAUAAUGACAUUCCUCAGCAGCAGCUCAAUGGAAACUAGGUUCAAGGGACAGAGUUAUAGAACUGGGAAUGGCUAAGACAUCAUAACUACUAAUUCUUUUAAAUUGUUUUCUAAAAUCAGAAAAGGGUUAGUAACUUUUUACUACCCAACUCUGUUAGAAAUUUCAUUGAACUGCCUGAAACGUUCAUGUGUGUGAGCCUUCAGUAAGUGGCAGAGUUUUACAUGUCAAUAUUAUGUAGUUUGUAGUCUGCAGUGUCUGGAAAAAAAGAAACACUAUAUAAAUGAUAUGUAAUAUGUACAGUGUCAAAAGUUAAGGCAGACAUUGAAAUGAAGUAAGAUCUAUAUUUCUGGACUGAAUAAAAACCUUAAGAUUUGGAAUGUGUAAGUUGUUUAGUGGAUUCAUGCAAUGAGGGAAGGUCUUAGCUAGUUUAAUUAACAACGUGGACAAGUUCAUGGUGGCAACAAGCUGGUACUUUGUGAAUUUUAUAUUUUCUUCAUAUACAAAUUAUGGAGGCUAUACAUGGGAAAACCGCUCUCUGUUUUUGCUUGCAAAGCACACAGUAGAAAAAGACUUGGUGUGCACCGAAGCACGCUUGAACAUUUCAGGUUGUUCCUGUUGUGAUUGCUCAUUCCGCCCAGCAUUGUUUGCGGGAGAUUUACUUGAGCAGCUGUUGGUUCUGAGCUGUGAGCUGUAGAACUUAUGCCAAAGGGCUGUAGUUCAUUCUUUCCCCGAUAACUCACCUUUCUGUGUCCAUGAUUUACCAAGAACACUUCACUAAGUGUGAUAAAAAGCUUAAAAGAGAAAUGUUUGGACCCUGCAAUCCAAUCUCUUACUUCAGAGUUACCGUGCUAACUCACUAUGGAAUUUAGCCACCAUAUCUGACAUCCAUACCUCAAGUGUUCUGUGUUGUGUGGAACACUUCAUGUUUGUCCAGAAUGCAUAGAGGUCCCAUAUUCUGUAAGAAGAACGAGGAAACAGCCUUUGUUCUUAGAUUGGUAUUUAUUUUUUAAUUUUAUGACCACUAUAUGAAAAACUUUGCUUAUCAUUUUUAUUACUUGAGUGAUUUUUUUUCUAUCAAGUCAGCAAUCAUGUCAUGGAAUUCUACUUGCUAGAGUUUGAUUAUUCCCUAGCGGAACAUCAAUCUAGUUUAUACCAAACCUAACAGAUCAGUGCUCUGACUGCUUUCAAAACACCUUGGCGUUUCUAAUGGCUAUUAGCGCCUCAGUUGGUCUGUUAAAGCAUGUUCUCAGACUUUUCUUAAAUAAAACCAAAAAAUAAAAAAGAGCCUAGCCCACAAGCUUGUCUGUUGCUAUCGCAUCACAUUGUUUAUUUAGGGGUUUUGACUUGUUUAACUCUGAACUCCCAACAAAACUUCUGGAUUUGAAGAAAGGAAAUGAGCAAAAUAGUGAUUUAACUAUAAUCUGCUACAGUUCUUCUGUGAUGGGUAUUGCAAAAACAGUUCAUUUGUAAUUUGAGUUUCUGUAGCGUUUUUUACUUGUAUUUUUUUAAAUUUAACGUGUGUCAUUGUCUUCUUAUGCAUUCCCUUAAUGUCUUGAGGGACUCAAUUACUGUAUAUUAGAGUUUCUAACAUUUUACUUGUUAGAAUUCAAUCUGUUUGCUUUCCUGGGGAAUAAUGCAGUUUUGGAAAGAAAUAUUGCUGUGUACAGAUACAUUCAGUUACUUCUCUAAACAUGAUGCCAUUGAUCAUUUUUAUUUUGUAUUUGUAACUUUCAAAAUUAAAAGUGUGACUUGAAUUGCAAAGACAGAUCGAUUAUUGAAAUUGUCUAUCAAGGUGUUUAUUUCUUCUAGAAUAUGAACAUUUUUCAGCCACUCAGAACAGUUUUAGAAUGCAAAAUAACAUCUUUCAAUGUUGAAAUUGCUUAUAGGUUUUGUGCCUCAGACAUGGCUCUCCCAUGGAAUAAAGGCACUUUGCAGCUACUGUAUUUUUAACUAAGAUUGGAUGACAAAUACAUGGGGUAGAACUGCCAGCAUACUAAUUGUAUUUGAGACUGAGUGCUAAAUCAUAUUGUCAGUUGCUUAAUCUGUUAUUCAGUCUGAUUCAUCUGAUGUAAAAUAAUGUAUGCCAUUCCAUGCCACUGAGAACCAGAACAGUACUUUACCUUUGGGUAGCGGAAGACUAAAUGGCUGGUUUACCUGUUACCUCUUUGUGCUGAUACAGCCUGACUAAACUGUCAUUAAUUACUGGGAACUGAAAGUCAAAAGCAAAAGUCUUUGUUUUGAGCCUCAAAUUUGUCAUAACUGACUUCAACCUGUCAUGUAUGCUGGGUAAAAGUGCCUUAAAAUGUAAAAAAUGUAUUUAUAUGUUCCCAAGUAGCAUCACCUGCUGGGGAGUAAUUCUGUUGUGGUGUUAAUAUUUAGAAGAAAUGUACCUCAGCAGUGUAUUUACUGUACAUCUCUUAUGUCCUUAAUUGUAGUUUUAAAAAGCAUGACAAUGUAUGAUAGGUAUACAAUAUCUACAUCUUUUUUUUAAAGACAAAAUACUGCCAUUGCUGUCUUUUUAUGCAUAUUUUAGCUUGGAUUUUCAGAUUGUCUGGGUGUUUUGGGGGGUUUAUUUGUUUUAUUUUUCUUUUUUUAAAGCAAUGUAAUUUUUGCAAGAAUAUAUUGAAGGUUAUUCUGGAGCAUCCACUGCCUUCCCAGAAAUGUUAGAAGUAAUGAAAGUGCUCUAUAGGUGAUAUAGGAAUGUUUAAAUUAGCUAGUUAAAUUAAUAAAGUCUAUUUGUUCCUGGGAUUUUUUUUUUAAUAGACACCUUCUGCUUUCAUCUCACAAUCAGAAAACUUUCUUGAUUUUAAGAGAACUUGUCAUAUGAAA